AUGGCUCCGAUUGUGGUGAGCGGGACAAGCUUUGAUGAUGUGCCGGCAGUUGUAGGGAUAGUCAGUGCGUUUGGCCUGGUAUUUACAGUGUCCAUGUUUGCAUGGAUCUGCUGUCAGCGCAAGUCGUCAAAAGCCACCAAGACCCCUCCUUAUAAAUUUGUGCACAUGCUGAAGGGAGUCGACAUCUAUCCCGAGAACCUAAGCAACAAAAAGAAGUUCGGGGCAGAUGAAAAAUCCGAUCACAAAGAUAAAGACUCUUCCAAAGCCAGAAUACCAAAGAACUCUCUCCACCUGGACCUGGAGAGCCGCGAUCAGAACGGAAAUUUCACCAAAACUCCUGCCAAAGUCCGUAGCUCCCCAGAAAUCGAGAGCGUUCCGCCCAAGCUGUGCACAGACAGUGAGAAAGACAGCGUGUCAUCGCAGACUCCUGUCUCAGACAAACCAGCCGCGCCUUCUGAGCAACAAAACAAUGCGCCUAAUCUGGGAUCCCUGACCUUCUCCUUAAAGUACAACUUUGAUAAGAAAGCGUUACUUGUGAACAUUAUAGAGGCUCACGGACUGCCGGCCAUGGAUGAACAGUCCAUGACAUCUGACCCUUACAUUAAAAUGUCAAUCCUGCCGGACAAAAAGCACCGCGUGAAAACUCGCGUCCUCCGGAAAACCCUGGACCCGGCUUUUGAGGAAACCUUCACAUUUUACGGGAUCCCCUACAGUCAGGUACCAGAGCUGUCCCUGCAUUUCCUGGUGCUGAGCUUUGACCGCUUCUCCAGAGACGAUGUCAUCGGAGAGGUCCUGGUGCCGAUGUCAGGGAUCGAUCUGUCGGAAGGCAAGGUGCAGAUGCACAGGGACAUCACCAAGAGGAACUGUCGGAAAUCUGUGGGCCGUGGUGAAUUAUUAGUAUCCCUUUGCUAUCAAUCUACCACCAACACCCUGACUGUUGUUGUACUAAAAGCCCGCCAUCUGCCUAAAAAUGAUGUUUCUGGAUUAUCAGCUGACCCUUAUGUGAAAGUCAACCUGUACCAUGACAAGAAGCGAAUAUCAAAGAAAAAAACCCACGUUAAGAAGUGUACUCUCAACCCAGUGUUCAAUGAGCUCUUUGUCUUUGACAUUCCAUGUGAAGGGAUUGAAAACAUCAGUGUUGAGUUUAUGGUCAUCGAUUUUGACAGAAUGAUGAAGAACGAGAUCAUUGGUCGCCUAGUGCUGGGAGCAUCAGCAGAAGGGACAGUAGGAGAGCAUUGGAGGGAGAUCUGUGAGCACCCAAGACGACAAAUUGCCAAAUGGCAUUGUCUCAGUGAUGGUUAG